AUCGUCGCGACCAUGGCCACGGACGGACGCACGAAGCGCUCUCAAUCGAUAUGCGCGCCCGCUUCCGCGAGCAUGGAAGCGCUGGCCGCGCCGAUGGAGACGACGCCCGCGCCGCGGCGCAGGCCGGCCGCGCGCUCACAGUCGGCGCGCAUCACCGGCGGACGCAGCGUGCGCCACCGCCGCCAGCAACAGCAGCAGCAGCAGCUGGACCGUGAGACCCGCUCGCGCUACAGCUCCGAACCGCGGCUGGCGGACGCUGAAACCCCGCCGCAGGUGCGCCGUCAAGCGUCCGCACGCCGCCGCCCUCCGUCAUCCCAGCACGCCGCGCACGCCCAGCCGCGCCGCUCCAACGCUUUCCUGGACGUGCCGCGCGCCGCGCACCCGCCCGAAGACGAGCCCGACGAGGAUUCGUACCGGCUCCGCACGUUCAACACUACGCAGAAAGGAGGUAUAGUGAACAGAGGUGACUCGUUCCGUCGCCGCCGCUCCCGCUCGGGCAGCCUAGCGCCCGCAUCCCCAGCACAAGCCACCCCGGAGCCCCAGGAACGCAAACCUGUCGCUUGUCACCGCGUGGCCAUGGUUGGCGCACCGGGCGUCGGCAAGACUGCCCUUAUCAGUCAGUUCCAAACCAGCGAAUGUAUAAACGCUUACGAUAGACAAAGAGAUGUCGACAGUUCGGAGCAAAAGGUGUCUAUUCUACUAAAUGGUGAAGAAUCAGAAUUAUACUUCGUUAAUUGUACUAGUGCAAAGGAAGAAAUAGAUCGUCUCGAGCCACCUGACGCGUUCGUGGUGAUAUACUCUGUGGUAGACAAGGCGUCCUUCCAGAAGGCGGAGCAGGAGCUUGCGAGAAUGUUGGACUGUGACAUGCUGCGCUCCAGACCAGCACUCCUUGUCGCCAACAAGAUAGACCUGGCCAGGAGUAGAGCUGUCUCCACACAAGACGGAAAAUGUCUCGCUUGUACGUACAAAGCAAAGUUCAUAGAAGUGUCUGUUGGUAUAAAUCACAACGUAGAUGAAUUACUAGUUGGAAUUCUGAACCAAAUAAGGCUAAAGAAACAGCAGUAUUCUGCUGAAGGUGGAAGGGAAUCUUCACCAGCCCAUUGGUAUAAAUCGAGAGGUGUUGUCAGAGCUAGUAUGAAAGCCAGACAAAUGCUAACUUGGAUCUUCGGUAAGGAAGAUGCUAAAUUCAAGAAUUGUGAAAACUUGCACGUCCUGUGAGUGGAGAGUGAAGGGCCGGUGUUCGUGUAAUGAACUUAACUUGAACAGUGACUUAUUGAACGCGGCCGAUUUCUUAUUUAUAUUGUGUAUGAGUCUUAAAUUUAGAUUUUAGACCAAUUGGAUCUUAGAGUUAAGUACAACGAGCGCCUCUAUUGAAGUCAUCGCUACUAAACAUAUUGUGUAAGUUUCCACGGCUGAAAAUUAUGAGUGUGCGAGACGAUAUAAAGCAAAGGCAUAUCAAGUUUAUAUAUUUUACAAUUGCUCUCUUCGCAGAAUUUUAAACAACAUUUAGUCGUACUAAUGUGACGAAUUGUGGCGCUUGUUAACGUACUAAAGCGCCAAAGAUACAAUCUAUGUAUUUAAUCUUAGGUUAAG